CAUUCCAACAAUCCACCUCUGGGAUUUCCACGUCUACAUUAAGACUUUGCAUUUCCUGUUCUCAUUUUCUUUUAAAAAAAACGACGUUUCGGUGAAGAAAACUUUCCUGUCAAGUGCACGAAAUGAUCUUCGGUGGGGAGUACGACGGCCGCUUUAAAUGGAACGUCCCAAUACUAAUCCCCAUUGCAUUUCAUCUGAAGCCGUGUCGGGAUAUCUACAAAACGUUAUCAAUUCUUCCACAAAAGCUCAAAAAGAUUUACCAUUUCUAACAAAACUGUUUUGCUCACAGGUGGUUGAACGGCUAUUCUGUUGGUGACCGGUAAAUAUGCCAGAGGUAAAGUCCAUGUUUCGAGAGGUCCUUCCUAAACAAGGGCAGCUAUCCUUUGAGGACACUCCCACCAUGGUGCUCUGCAAACCAAAGCUGCUGCCACUUAAAUCCGUGACUCUGGAGAAGUUGGAGAAAAUGCAACGGGAAGCACAAGAGACAAUACGGCAACAGGAACUGGCACAGAGAGAGCAACAGAUUCAGGAAUGAUUCUUCUCCACUCCCCGCAUCCCUCUGGAAUAAUCGCUCUCGUAAAACUCUCGUCAAACGCUUGCAUACCGUUGUAGUUUCAAGUUCUAGAUUUUUCUAAUUUUAUUUGAGGAAUUUAAUGCUGGUACUUGGAAAUGGUUUCUUUUAUUUGGUGCCCAAUAUUGCACCAGAACAGAUAGGGCACUAAAAAAAGCCAGAGCAUUUUCUAUUCCCUAUUUUCAUUAUUCAUUCCCCAUCAUAUAAACAACUUGAAUUUAUAUAGUGCCCUUCAAUAGGGCCAUGUCUCGGUGCGCUUAUAAAAAUGCUGCUUAAGUAUCAGCGCUUUCAAUUUCAUAGAGUAAUUCUAAAUGAAUAAUUUACAUAACUUUAUCACUUCCCCCAAAAUAUUUUGGAUCAAAACCAACACUUACUGUGCAGUGCUCCGAGCUACUAUUCUGUGUCAGUGGUGCUCUACAAGUGCAAUUUGUCUAAGCUCAAAUAUGCAGUGGUUGAAGAAACAAAUACCACUAAAUACAGGCUUCAACAAAUCCCAUGGUUUCCACUCAGUGGAUUUAAUUGUUAUACCACAGGGGGUGUAUCCUUGUACAGUAGAUCCAAUCGUAGGAACUUGUAAGCUGAAUUAGUUAUUCUGUCAUGCUGAUUCAGAUACUAGAAGCGAGACAAGGCUAAUAUUAUAAAAGAUUUACUUGAAGUAAAGUUGUAUUUAUUUAGCAUGUUUAUAUUGUAUUACUAAUGUCAAUAAAAAAAAUAUACAAACUCCUGGCAGUAU